CCUCUCCUCCUCCCCGCGGUGCUUGUAGAGGAGUAUCGUGGAAAGAGUCCUAUCUCUUUGAGGUGAUCUGACACACCAAGGAAGACCCACAAAUGAGGGAGCAAAGCGAGAAGUAAAAUAAAAACAAAAGCAUAAAGCUCCCUCUGAAAGACAGGGUGGCCUGCGGGGACGAAGAGGAUAGAUAAAUAAACCCGCUCCUACGCUGACAAGGAGGAUAGACUAUCCUCUAGCACCGCAAAGAUGGGGAACCGGGGAAUGGAGGAUCUGAUUCCUCUGGUGAACCGCAUGCAAGAUGCCUUCUCGGCCAUCGGGCAGAACGCGAACCUGGACCUGCCGCAGAUCGCCGUGGUGGGCGGCCAGAGCGCGGGGAAGAGCUCGGUUCUGGAGAACUUCGUCGGAAAGGAUUUUCUUCCUCGUGGUUCUGGCAUCGUGACCCGUCGUCCUUUGGUUCUUCAGCUGAUGAACUGCCCUACAGAACAUGCAGAGUUCCUCCACUGCAAGGGCAAAAAAUUUACAGAUUUUGAUGAGGUGCGACAGGAGAUUGAGGCGGAGACUGACCGCAUCACGGGAGCCAACAAGGGCAUCUCCCCCGUCCCCAUCAACCUGCGUGUCUACUCUCCUCAUGUGCUGAACCUGACGCUGGUGGACCUGCCGGGAAUGACCAAGGUGCCAGUCGGAGACCAACCUGCAGACAUCGAGGUUCAGAUCAGAGACAUGCUGUUGCAGUUUGUGACCAAGGAGAACUGCCUCAUGCUGGCCGUUUCCCCUGCCAACUCUGAUCUGGCCAACUCUGACGCUUUAAAAAUUGCCAAAGAGGUCGACCCUCAGGGAAUGAGGACCAUAGGGGUGAUCACCAAGCUGGACUUGAUGGACGAAGGGACAGACGCUAAAGACAUCCUGGAGAACAAGCUGCUUCCCCUGCGCAGGGGUUACAUCGGCGUGGUUAACAGGAGCCAGAAGGACAUCGACGGAAAGAAGGAUAUUAAUGCUGCUAUGGCUGCUGAGAGGAAGUUCUUCCUCACCCACCCUGCUUACAGACACCUGGCUGAACGCAUGGGCACGCCCUACCUCCAGAAAGUCCUCAAUCAGCAACUGACCAACCACAUCCGGGACACCCUGCCGGGUCUGCGGGCGAAGCUGCAAAGUCAGCUCCUCUCCAUAGAGAAGGAGGUGGAGGAGUACAAGAACUUCAGACCCGAUGAUCCGUCCCGCAAAACCAAGGCCCUCCUUCAAAUGGUGCAGCAGUUUUCAGUGGACUUUGAGAAGUGCAUAGAGGGCUCCGGAGACCAGAUCGACACGGCCGAGCUGUCGGGCGGCGCGAGGAUCAAUCGCAUCUUUCACGAGCGCUUCCCUUUCGAACUGGUCAAGAUGGAGUUUGAUGAGAAAGAACUCCGCAAGGAGAUCAGCUACGCAAUCAAGAACAUUCAUGGAAUCAGAGAGAGACUCCAGCACUGUCCUGUUUUAGAAUGGCUUCAGGGAAAACCAAAUGUCUCACUCGCAGUUUCUUCCUUCUGUGCUGUUUGUCCUUCCAACCCCCCCCCCAACCUCUUUCUUGUCUUUUCCCACCUACAAUCUCUUGUGUCUUAUGUUCUCCCCUUUCAUUUUUAUUUUUCUAUCAUUCAACCUUUAAUUUUCUCACUCCUUAAUUAUCUCCUCUCCCAACCCUUUAUUUGGUGCCUUCACUCGCUCUUUUCUCUUGGGUCUCUUUUGGUUUUCGUCCCGUUUUCUCUCUCUCUCGUGCUGCCUGCUUAUCCCAACAGGACGGGGUUGUUCACCCCUGACCUGGCCUUUGAGGCCAUAGUGAAAAAGCAGAUCCAAAAGCUGAAGGAGCCCACACUGAAGUGUAUAGAUAUGGUAGUGAGCGAACUCACCUCCACCAUUCAGAAGUGUAGUCACAAGCUGGCCCAGUAUCCCAUGCUGAGAGAGGAGAUGGAGAGAAUCGUCACUCAGCACAUCAGAGACAGAGAAAACCGCACCAAGGAUCAGGUGCUGUUGCUGAUUGAUAUUGAAUUGUCCUACAUGAAUACGAACCAUGAAGACUUCAUUGGAUUCGCAAACGCUCAGCAGAGGAUCAAUCAAAUGAACAAGAAGAAGACGGCUGGAAAUCAGGAUGAAAUCAUGCCGGAGAGAGGAGUUAGCGAUCGGUACAAGGUGAUCAGGAAGGGCUGGCUGACCAUCAACAACAUCGGCAUCAUGAAGGGAGGAGCCAAAGAGUACUGGUUCGUCCUGACCGCAGAGUCUCUGUCCUGGUACAAAGAUGAUGAGGAGAAGGAGAAGAAGUACAUGCUUCCAGUGGACAACCUGAAGCUGCGGGAUGUGGAGAAGGGCUUCAUGUCCAGCAAGCACAUCUUUGCUCUCUUCAACACCGAGCAGAGGAACGUGUACAAGGACUACCGUCAGCUGGAGCUGGCCUGUGAGAGCCAGGAAGACGUCGAUGCCUGGAAGGCCUCCUUCCUCAGAGCCGGAGUUUAUCCUGAACGCGUAACCGAGAAGGAAGGAAAGAGCGAAGGCAGCGAUGAAAACGGCUCAGACAACUUCAUGCACAGCAUGGACCCUCAGCUGGAGCGGCAGGUGGAGACGAUCCGCAACCUGGUCGACUCCUACAUGGCGAUUGUCAACAAGACCGUGCGCGACCUGAUACCGAAGACGGUCAUGCAUCUCAUGAUUAACAAUACAAAAGAGUUCAUUAACGCUGAGCUGCUGGCCCAGCUCUACUCAUGCGGUGACCAGAACACUCUGAUGGAGGAAUCUCAGGAGCAGGCGCAGCAUCGCGAUGAGAUGCUCAGGAUGUACCACGCCCUGCGGGAGGCGCUGAGCAUCAUCGGCGACAUCAGCACAACUACAGUGAGCACAUCAAUGCCGCCCCCAGUGGAUGACUCCUGGCUGCAGGUCCAACGCGGCGGAUCCGGAGGAAGGUCUCCAGCGACCAGUCCAACUCCAAAUCGCAGGGCUCCACCAGGCCCACCGGGCCCACCAGCUCGCCCGGGCUCCCGUGGACCCCCACCGGGGCCUCCUCCUGCUGGGGGCCCCCCUGUACCGUCUCGCCCCGGAGCGUCUCCAGAUCCUCACGGCGGGCCGCCCCCCACUGUGCCCUCCCGGCCUAACCGCGCGCCCCCCAGUGUGCCAAGAAUCACUAUCACUGACCGAUGAAGACUAACGUUUCUCGUCGGAGACCCCCGCCUUCUCCAACACACUAGACCUCAGAGCUCCUUCCUCCCUCCUUCUGUUUCCCCCCUCUGGACGAGAGAGAGAGAGAGAGAGAGAGAGAGAGGCGCUUCGGACAACAGCGCCACCUUCCUCUCAUCUACUGCCCGGUCUGACCCUCCUGCUCCCGCCUCUCUGCCCUCCCACCCCACCACCCGCCCCUCUGUUUUCACACAGAGAAGCAGAAUACUUGAAAGCAUGACUUACGUACAACUUUGUUCCUCACAAUUUAAUCGCAGAGACCAUGAAAUGAUCAUAUUAGUCAACCGCGUCAACGUAUUGUAUAUCCGCGCAAGUUCAAAGCAGAAUGCUUCCCCUCCUCUUAUAUUGAGAGGGGUAAACAUUUACGAGUUUAGCAUGAAUCUAUGCCUGAGCUUCUCGAAAGCGUCGUCUCAGUUUUAGCAUUCGUUUCAUUUACUUUCAUCAGGAUUUGUUUGCUCACCUUUGUUUUUUGAUGAACAGAAUGACGUGAAACCAGAACCUUUUAUUCAGGAUGAGGAAGUACUUUACAUUAUUUAAUGUUUUUUUUUUUUUUUUUUGCACAUAAGCAUCAUAUUAGUAGCGUGGUGCAUGCUUUGAGAUCGUGAAAGAUUUACUCCAUCUUUGUUUUGUAAAGAAAUGAGAAAAAUGUGUUUUUCUUUGCAACAUUUGCUGCUCAGUGGUGGAAGUGUUUCUUUAAGAGAGGAUAUCCAAACUGAAUUCAGUCUAAAAAUAUUUACUUUGGUUUUUUUUUUUGUAUCCAGAUUUUAAUUUGUAAUUAUCCUUCAAAAAAAAAAAGAAAAAAAAAGAAAAGAAAAACAGCAAGUGAGGAAACAAUCUUAUUAGUUUUUAUCAUAUAUCUUUUAACAUACUUUCUUUUCUGGUUGAUGGAGUUUCGUUUUUGAUCUUUAAUCCUGCCAAAUUAGUUCUUGUUUGAUUUUUCUAUGUUCCUUGAACAGUUUGGUCAAACAAGGGUGGGUCAUCUCAUACAGACACCCCUCAAACACAAUUUUCCUUUCUCUCUCUCUUUUUUUUAAAAGCUAAUCCAUUCUUUCCCACUGUCCAAAUCUAUAAAACAGCAGCACCACCCAGGUGAGGAAGACGUAGAUGACAUCUGAAUUCUUCAAUUUGAAAAACCUGAAUGGAUAAAAGUCUCCUUCGUUUUUCCCUUUUAUUCUCUCCAUCAUCUAAAUCACGUAGCGGAUCCUCUUAUUUUGCCAGUCGCAGUCUUCAGAAAGUCUCACUGUUGCUAAAGCUUUGUCACAUCCUCGUCUUACAACUGCUGCACUCUCAGACAACCUAUGCAAAAGAGAAACGUGGUUUCUCAGUCUUUUUAUGGUAAAAAGAUGCAUCUAGUGUAGAUUAUGUCCCCUUUUUGUUCCUCUGCUUAGUACUACUGCUUAAUUUUGCAGAGGAACUUUUUCAACUUUCUCUUCCACAAAGGGCAGAUUUGGAAAGUCUAGUGGAGGGUAAGAGAUUUAAUUGAGGAGUGUCCAACUGAAGUGGGCCACAUCCCAAUUUGUCAAAACCAUUUUUCCUUUCCACUGGUGAAUCAUGUAUUUUUUUUUUAUUCAUUUAGUCCAAUAAAGCAAACUGAAGGUUGGGCUUGCAUUGCAGCAACAUGUGAGAAAGGUUCAAGAGGUCUGAAUGCUUCUGCGACUGCGCCGCUCCUGAAACUGAACAAAACGAAACCAGAGAAGGAGACUUUGUGACCCGAGUUGUUUCUUUAGACUGUUAACUCUUUAUGUAGAGUGUAGUACAAGAUGGUGGCCUCGUAACUCAGGUUAGUCAGGUUUGAGCACGUGAUGCCUAAAAUGUUAAAUUACACAGGAAAAAUAUUUUUAAAAAUUGCAUUCAAGUUGCUGAUCUGCCAUUUCUUCUUUCUCUCUUUUCUCCUGCUCUAUUUUCUCUCAGUGGUCACGGGGGUGAGUGAGAACAUGAACAGUCCCAGUCUAUGCAUAAAGUACCACUGCUUGUGUUGUCACAUUACUGAGCAGAAACCACCUUUCAAUCCCUUCGUUUUUCUGCCACUGAGCUCUGCUGUCAAUGUUACGUGUUGUAUUUUGACCCCCAAACACAAACAACCCACUAGCCUUACCUUAUCCUGUGAUCAUUACUAGAAAGAAAAAUCUCUGAUCUCAACAUCUGCAAAGCAAACAUGAAAUCAUAUCCGAUUUAACAGUAACUAGUUUAUUAAUGAGUUAUGUAUUCGUGUGGUGCAUUUUAUUAGAGACAUGUACUCUCUUCUGUUUAGAUCAUUUAGUCUACAUUGUAUGCAGCAUCGGAAUAUUUAAACCAUGAGUAAAUGAGCAUAACAGAAUACUUGAAAAAUAAAAAAAACUGCUGUAAAUGGAUGCUGGCAGGUUGUUUGAUACUUUUGCUUGCAUCAGGGAGGGUGUGUUUGUGUUUUCUCUCUGAAUUUAUAAAAAGUUAAACAGACGGACGGUGUGUGUGUAAACUGGCUGAGGACAAGUCCUGCUGCUUGUCUCAGCUGAUGUGGAAGAAACUAAGAUUAUCCUGGAGGACUGCUGUACUCUCAAUUACAUAUUAAAAGACCUCUGUGUGCUGUA